AUGUCCGCGAGAGACAACGUCAGAGCCAAUAAGCGGGGAACUCCCCGUCGCCGCAAAAUCGCAUUGGCAUGCGAAACAUGUCGAGAAAAGAAAGUGCGGUGUGACGGAGAGAAGCCGAUAUGUGGGCCUUGUUCCCGACGAUCAUACCCAAUCGAUCGCUGUGUCUACAAGAUUGACAAUGCUCGCUCUGCAAGUAAUGAUGAAUAUUUGAAAGUACUCCACGAUCGCAUCCGUGAGCUGGAGGAAAUAUGUACACAAAAUGGAGUUUCGGUGCCAUCUGCAUCUCAUGAUGACCACGAGGAUGACAGAGAGACGAUUGGUGAUCUUAGUACCGUCCAUACCAGCACAAGCACAAGAGCCACGGAUCUGGAGUCUAGAACCUCUGAUGCUGCAGAAGGCUUGCUUGGACUAGGCUCUCAUUUGGCUUUCCAACAUGCAUCAAGUCCCGGUUUACCAAGAUCAGCUCAACGGACAGAUCAAUCCUCCAUGAAUUCUCAAUUAGAGACCAAGGACCCGGAGCAAGAUAAGACUCCAUCGCAUGAAACCAUCAGACAUCGUGGGUCUAUGCAACUAUCAUCGGGUAACAUAUACCCUUCUCCACUGAGUGCACAUGGCAAUGUGACAGCAAUGGGUGCAAUAUCCGUUGGAGAUGAUGGGGACUGCAACGACUCGCCCAGAGAGCAAUACUACGGUAACUCCUCGGCGGCUUCAUUUAUGCUUCUUGCAAGAGACUCGGCAUCUAUUAGAUCUUAUAUGCAAGCAUUGAGGCGUGUUGGCCAAGAACCCCCAGGUACAUUAACUCACAAUGCUGGUCUCUGGCAAGACGUCAACACCACAGCUACCCCUCCGGGAUUUCAGUUUAGUGAUUUCUCCCUACCGCCGAGGCCACUUGCAGAUCAUCUGCUUGAAUGUUACUGGGAACGAGUUUAUUGCCUCUAUCCGUUCUUUCAUCGACCGAGCUUUGAACGGGCUUAUGAAAAUCUAUGGGGAUCAGCAAGGUGGCCGAAGCCUGAUUUGCCGGAGUUAAAUAUUGGACUCGGGGGCUCGUUUGACUCUGGUCCUCAGUCGAUUGUCUUCCACUGUGCAUUAAAUGUGAUCUUUGCACUGGGUUGCCAUUUCUCAGAUAUUCCUGCGGGAGAACGCGAGACCGCGGUUUAUACCUUUUUUCUGCGCGCAAAACGGUUCGUUGGUCUAGACUUCCUAGAUAGAUCCACGAUUGGCGUAGUGCAAACGCUGCUUAUCAUGGCACUACUUCUACAGAGCACUCCCUAUCCAAACCGUUGCUGGAAUGCGAUAGGACUUGCCUGUCGUGUUGCUCAAGGGCUUGGUUUGCACGAAGCUACCACCCAACAUUCAAUCAACCCCCUGGAGAAAGAGGUUCGCUGCCGAACAUGGCACGGAUGCGUAAUGAUGGAUAUGAUUUUGAGUAUGACAUACGGCAGGCCCAGCAUGACAUCUCAUAUAUCACCCGUUCAUCCCGUUCCUCUUCCUGCUAUGCGACCGCGCUCUGAGGCUGAAGAUCCCUGCGCGCUCAGUGAACAGCCCUGCGAUCAUAGACUUGGAUACAUCACCUUCUAUGUCUCUACCAUUGAGCUUUAUAAACACCUCGAAUCAAUUCUAGCAGAUGUUUACAAUGCAUGGCAAGGUCGCUCAGAUCGACAUCGUACUGUUUCCAUCAACGGUGUCAGGCAGAACAGUUUGGAUGUUAUCAUGGAACUUGACGACAGGCUCUCGGCAUAUGAGGCUAAUAUCCCUCCUGUACUUAAUUGGACCGCCUCCCAACCCUUAAGCCCCAGUGACUCUUCACAACCAAUUAUUCAACGUCAGCGGAACGUACUGAGGGCGAGAUUUAUACAUCUCCGCUUGCUCUUAUAUCGUCCCAUGUUCACACAGACCUGUUCUGAAGAGCGAAUUGGCCUUUCACGACAAUCCUCUACGGACUCGAGAAAAGGCACAGCUAGACUCGAGAAGAACGUGAUCUACACAUCCAUGUCUAUUAAUUGUGCCGCAGCUUGCGUAACGGCAGCCAUCGAGUUGGUCUCACUUGUAUAUGAGACAUACCAGACCUCGGUAACAGAUGCUUGGUGGUAUAAUGGAUUUUAUACAUCCACAGCCGGUUUUGUACUGAUCAUGUCGCAUUCCUGCAGUACCAUAUUGAACCAGGUUGAUUCACGCAGUGUAGUCGAUACAUGGCGUAAAUGCGAAGAGAUUCUCACUCACAUGGCGUCUUUCAGUAUUUCCGCACGAAAUUCGCUUCAGUUCCUUCAGGCAACACAUCACCAUAUAGUCAACAAUUAUAACUCAACAUGUCUCAGCGAGAACAGCCAUCUUUUCACUCCAAAUCAAUCGCAACAGAGGAAAAAUGCGCGCACUGAAACAGAUCAUCAGCCCUCUGAUACGUCUAUCGAUGAAUCGGACUGUCAAAAUUUUGAUAAUAUUGGCUCGGGUAUCAAUCCCUUAGCUAAUUGGGAUGAGAUUGGCCUGGGACAGGAGGAAUUCGGGUUUCUUGGGAGAUUUGACGUGCCUGAUAUUGCCAACUGGUUCCCAGAUCUACCAGAUCCAUCAACUAUGUCGAACUAG